UUCACAUUAGUAUUUCCACAAUAGAACGUAGGACUAUGGAAAAGUUUAAUGAAAUGGAGAGUGAAGAUCAGCAAAAUACCAACAUUGACGACAGCGAUUUAAUGAAGGAUGUGUGUGAACUUUUGAUGGGAGAUAGUAUGACACUGGAGAAUGCAGAUCAGACACAUUGUACAGCUGUAGAUUGGUUCAAGAACUGGGCUACUACAUUCCAGCACCAAAAUUAUCAGAGCAGUCUGCUGCAUCCCUACCUGGUGACCGUUCUCAGGGACUACCUUCUCAUGCACGCUUGGAAAAACAGUCUUGCUGUGCUUCGUCUCUUGGGUGAUGAUCCCAAUCACACUGCCAUUUCUCUGUGGAAGGUGGGGAUGGAGAUCAUGUAUUCAAAUCCAGACAAAAACAAGGGCCUUAUUGAACAUUAUGUCAGGAAAUUGAAAGAAAUGAGUGAUUUAGAAAUCAAGGAUGUUAUACUGGAGUAUGUGAUGUAUUUACUACACAAGGGUGAACUAGACGAGGCCAAACAUGCUAUGUUGGAUAUACCCAAAUUAAAAGGUGCAAAGAAGUGGGACAGGGAAAAGUUUCCAAACAGAGACCUGGUAUUUCAGGCAUACCAGGGACUUUUAUACUACACUCACUGGAACCUGGACAGACAGCACCUGACCUCACAAAGCACACAAAUGGAUGAGGAUGAAUUCAGACAAGGCCUGUAUUAUUCUGAUACAGACACACUUAAGGAUAGUGCAGAGAGGGCAAUUGCAUGCUUCUCUCAGCUUUAUGAUCACUUGGGGGUGUGGGAUAUCUUCAUCACCAAACAUGUCCAGAUUCUGGAACACUACUAUAGACUGGAGGAAGCAAAGACAGUGUUAGAGAAGUACAGGGAUAGAAACAAAGAAAAUCCCAACACACACAAAUACCUCUGCUCCUUCUGUGUGAAACACAAACUGUUAACCAGAGAAUGUGAGACACAGCUGUUAAAGGCAGUGGCAGACUCUAUACCAUCAGACAGAAUGGUGAUGGAUUUAUGUGACAGGUUCAUCGAAGACAAAAAUAUCAGUGACCUUCUUUUCUACAUAUUUGAGUUGAAGGAUUACAAGUGUUGGCAGAAUGAUGUGAGAUCAUGGAGAAUUUUAUCCACAGCAAUACAGCUGGCAUUAGACAAUGAUAACCAAGACAUAAUUAAACUGCAUUGGAACCCAAGGGAGUCAUGGUGGCCAGCAUAUCACUUCAACAACACUGCAAAUGGCACAAGUGACCAAGGGGGUGGGGCCGAAAUGGGCGUGGCACCAGAUAUCCAGGAGAUUUGGGUACAUCGAGUCUGUUGUGCUGCCAUGCUAGUUGGACCAGAUGAUAGUUUUGUAUCGAGUGUUAGAGGGUUGCUAAAUAGAAAACAGAUCCAAAGUUUGAAAGAAGUUACAAAAAAAGUCAUCACCUCCGGUGGGAUAACAUAAAAACAAACAACUGACCAUAACAACAAGUUUUGAAGACAAAAUGUUAUGUCAGUCAAGAGAACAUGGAGAACCAUUCACUCCUGGUGAGAUUGAUUACUGUGAUAGGCGACAGAACUCAACAAACCAUGCUCUUCUUGUCCGAGGCAUAAAAUGUGAUAGAAGGCUAUAGUGUUUGUCAGGAAAAUGUUCUCUGCUCAUCUGAGACCAGAAAAUGAAGUCAGACUGUAAUUUAUUGCAAAAUAUUCAAAAUCGAAUGCUAAACAAAAGUAUAUUGAGAAAUUACUUUGCUUGUUGGAUGAAGACAGAUGAAAUAGACGAGAGAUUGUUGAGAAACUUUUGUCUGUUAGUUGGAAGGUUUGAUAGGAAACAAACAGACAGGUAGAUUGCCACAAAGUCAUCUCUGUUUCUUUAAGCUAAAUGACAGCAGGCAAGUGAUGGAAUGGAAAUGUCCUUGUAAAUUUACUUACAAGUCAUGGAGAAA